AUGCAUCUUCCUCAGCACGUUCGCGUCACCGCAACAGCCGUGGACAAAGGCGAUCCCCGCGCUCGAAUCACACCACAUAAAAUCGAAUGUAAUUGCUAUUCCGAGGGUUUCACGAUACUCGUGAGCACAGCUGCUGGCUACACUGAUUGCAGCACUUGCAUCGCCCGGUUCAAACGCUUUCUGCAGCGCAGGGCAAAGUUCAGGGCGAGACGUGCCUCAUCUCCUGCACUUACAUCCUUGGAUCAUCCUGAGAAAUACGGCAUGCAUGGUGUAGACCAACAAAGCCUUGGCUCUUUGGUUGUGGAUGGUUACGAUGGUUCACGGCCGCUCAAUCGAAGCUCGAGGUUGAACUCGACUGAGGCGUAUGCUCGAAUGAUCACGUCUCCAGCAUCACGACCACCACUGUCCAGCGUGGAUACUUCACCACCACCCCAUCCUCUCAACCACUCAUACCACCAAGUCCUCCUCCCAGACACAUGUCCCUCCCAGUCCAACCUUGCAUCUCCCAUCCCCCCACCAAGGAACCUCAGAACCGCUCCCUCCCCUUCCAUUACAAUCACUACCCAGCCAUCCACGACCUCGACCUCGCUGCUAAUCUCCCCCAUCUCCCCCAUUCCCCCUCCCCUCCUCUCCAGACCCCUUCCUCCGAGAAAAUCCAGGAGGACUGGCCAACCCCGAACACCAGGAAAAUUGCCCACCAGUCCACCCACCUUGCCUCGCCAGCGCUUCCACCCUACGCGUCCAGCACCCGGGCCACCAGGCUAUGGGCGUGGUAUGCAGCACGGCCCCUUCAAAGAGCAGGAGGGCGAUGACGAUGUACCUGGAAUUGACAACGGAUCCAAAACCCCAACGACAAUUCCACAUGGCACCUGGAGCUGCAUGCGCCGCAGUCCUCACAAGUCCCCAAGAAGGAGCCGUCAAAACAGCAACAGCACCACCAGCAUCACCGCGAAUCCGCCAAACAAGCAAGCCCAUCCCCAGAAGACAAGGCGCUCGGACAAGAGGAAAUCAGGCCCAUGUACUGCGGCCAAGAACCCACCCUUUUACAUUUCCGCACCCAUACCCGGUAGCGUUGUACAUGUGGACGGGGCGUUCAUGCACGAAGGCGCUUUCGAGCAGUAUCUCAGGCGGGGCACAUGA